GCCGAUUCUCGCGGCUAGGCACGUCCCUUUGCCCGCGUUUUCCCACGGAACGAAUCGAUCGUGUCUCCCCGACUACUUCUUCUUCGUCCCUGAUCUUCGUAAACCGAUCGCCGUAAACACGAGAUGCAUUUUAAGGCAGCAGCCCCCCCGAUCGAUCGGCGUCGCACGCGUUUACGUCGCCGCUCCGCACCGUCGUCUCGCGUUCCUGUGUAUUUAUUUACGUUCCAUCUAUCGAUCUGUCCGUGUGCCGUGCCUUUGACCAUCGUGUAGUGUGCAAAACCAGCUCUCUCUCUCUCUCUCCCUCGUUCGAUCUCUCUGUCCGUCUCUUUCUCCGCGCCCACGACUCCGGCUCGGCUUUGUCGCGUCACGGUAUCGCCGCCGGUCCGGAACCGUCCGUUUAGAACCGGUGCCGGACCGGACUGUGGCAGGGAUGCUUCUCGAUGGAUCGCCAGGGGAGGGUGUCCGUUCUGGCACGGUUCGAACUGGCGGACACAUGUACGCCGUUUUAUAUUUAACCGGUUAUGUAAUUGUUCGAAGUAGACCGAGCGCACCUGUCCUCCUCCGUCGUCGUCGUCGUCGUCGUCGGCUCGUUAACAUGUAUCGCGCCGCCGGCCACGCCGCUGCAGGACUUCACGUACCAUUGGAAGCAGCUGAUGAACUUUUAUGUGAACCAUCUGACCGACUGUAAGGUGCCGAUACAGACCACCGGUAUACCGAGGCACUUGGACAGGUUGCUGGAGAUCCUGCUCGAGGAGGAGAAGGAGGAGGAUGAGCCGGGCCCGUGCUUGGAGUACCUGUUGCAGCACAAGCUGCUGGACCUGCUGGCCACGCUGGCCAGCGCGGAGACCCCCCCAGGGAUGAGAACGGUCUGCCUGGCCUUCCUCAGGAAGCUGCUGGGAAGGUCCAAGUACCCCCUGUUGCACCACACCUCGAUCUACGCGCCGGUGCAACGGCUGAUCACCCUCUGCACCGGCAGCACCCCGUCACCCAUGGAGGCCGAGGAGGUCCAGUUCCUGCUGACCCUCUGCUUCCUGGUCUGCAAGUACCCCCACGUGACCAACAUCAUAAACGACGCGCCGAACGUUCAGAGGCAGGCCGCCUCCGCCAGGAGGAACUCCGAGCGGAUCGAGAUCGAGAAGGUCACCUAUAUACCGGCCCGAAAGUGGAACAGCUUCAACCCCCUGUUCGAGCCUCUGGACACCCAGGCGGUGACCUUGAUAAACCCGAAUUUGUUCCACUCGGAGAACGAGAGGAGGCGACUCCCCGGGGCCUGUAGGCCCGCUGGCAAGUCCGCCGCGACCAACGGAACCUCCAGCCGGUCGAACGAGUCGGUGUCCUCCGCGGAACAGGAGAACGUCUCCGCGUCCUCGAGCCCCGCCACGCCGAAACCGAUCGGCGAGGCUGUCUCGCGCGUCAGGCCCCGGUGCUCCGAGAGCCAAGACUACGAGACGACCUCGCAGAAGGCCGAGGACGCGGCUCUGAUGAACGAGAUAGACGCGCACCUGCAGAACCUUAGGGAUCUCAGGCUGGACGCCGAGUACGGCGGCUACGAGGACGUCGGCUACGCGGACAGCGACCGGGAUCUGCUCGACCCUAAGCCGCCGGAGAAGUCUAAAUGCCUUCUAUUAGAUGCCUUGUUGAGUUACAUAAACACCGCGGACAAUACCGUGAGGAUAAGAGCCUGCGAGGGGAUAAUGGUUCUGGCGUCCUUGGACGACCCGUCGUUCGCCCAGAUGAUUGCCAACAGCGAUUUAAUAACCUCGGUGCCCGGCCGAUUGGAGAGCCUUUUCAACGCUAUUCCGGCGCACGUGGACCCGAACGAGAUCGACGGCGUGGACGUCACGUGGGGCCUGGACUCGCCGAUCUGGACGAAGGAGAAAAAGUUCUCCGGAUGCAGACAGGUCGCCGCGUUCUUCAUGUGGUUCGACUACUGCAACCAGCUGGUGCGGGAGGCCUAUCCGAACGUCGCGGACGCGCUAGCGAAGAGCAUCAAGGUGAACUUCUUCGAGAAGAUCGUGACACCGGCCUUGGCCGAGCACCACGUCGUUCUGAUCACCGCGCUGGUCACCAAGUGUCUCAAGGAGCUCACCUGCGCCGCUCUGUGCACGGAGAUCAGCUACUGGCUGGUCGGCCAAGACCGCGGCCCAGAAAUUCCGAACGUGUGGACGUCGCCUGUGCUGCACAGGCUGAUAGACAACUGUUUCACGGACAGCGACGAUCUAACGUUGGAAACGUUGAAGCUGUUCGAGGAAAUGAUCGAGAAGAGGAACGAGCAUAUAUUGCACUGUCUCGUGCUGGUCUACCUGUUGACCAGAGGCUAUUACGAUAACACUGCUGCGGACAGCGCGAUCGCCUCCUGGAGCGACGAGGAGGACGAGCGAGAGAGAGAAAAGAAGGGAUCGUUGGAUCUGUCGUACGAGCAGAGCCAUAGCCGGACGUUGGCGCCGAGUAACAUUCACAGAAUCGUGAACUGCUUCCUGUCCCUGAUUCCGCGCUAUCUGCAGACGGACACGGACGUAAAUAAUUACGAACGGUACAUGACUGAUUUGGAGAGGCAGUAUUCGACGGUGUUAUCGGACUGCUCGCUGAUGGCGUGGCCGUUGGAAGCGGUGACCGUCGACGAUUCCGCGAGCUCCGACUCCAGACCGGAAGCGGACCACUGUUCGGUGCGGUUCUACAUGGGCCCGUUCAUGGCCAUGCUCUUCGAGAAGGUGGCCAAUAUACCGCGGCAGAAGUACGAGGUCAACCUUCAGCUGACCGUGGUGAUCUCGAGGCUGGCGCUGUUACCUCAUCCGUACCUGCAUGAAUUUUUACUGAACCCGCUGCUACCGUUGGCACCCGGCACAAAAAACUUGUUCACUUGCUUGCAAAAAGUCGUCAAGCAGCUCGUGAACGAGGUACCAAAGACGCCGGAUCACAAGCAGAUGCUGAAGGACACCAGGGAACGUCUUCUGGAGGAAUGCUCCCAUGAUGGGGAGAAGGAGAACAUUUUGUUCGAGAGCGUGAUCGUCACGGAAGAAUUCUGCAAAGAACUCGCUGCGAUAGCUUACGUUAAGUAUCAUCAUUCUAUGUGAUAUGAAAUAUCAAAGAUGUAAAGUCUAGAAUAUUAUUUAUGUAUUUACGGCCAAGUAUUUUACUUAACGAUCGAUCGUUAUUCUAGAUACGCUUAAUUAGAAGAAAGUUGUUUCUUUCCUUUGUUUUCGCGAUGACAUGUGUAAGAUACGAGAACGUAUUUAUAAGUAUAGCGAAUAAUAUAUUAAAUGUUACCAUUUGCAAACACUUAUUUGCACGGUUUACUUUCUGACUCUAAUAAAGAAACCACAUUGGAAAUCAUUGUA